GAGCUCGGCUCAGACGUGGAGGGGCUGGAAAUCCCCAGCGGGUGAUGCCUGUCUGGGCCAGUGCAAGGAGCUGAGGAUCCCACGGGGCUGCUGGCCGGCUGAGGAGCUGCUAUGACCCCAGAGAAGGUGCUGAGAGAGGGGCUGCUGGAGAAACGCAGCGGGGGGCUGCUGCAGCUCUGGAAGAAGAAGCGUUGCCUCCUGACAGAGAAGGGGCUGCAGCUCUUUGAGCCCAAGGGCUCGCGCCGAAAGGAGCUGAGCUUCUCACGCAUGAAGGCGGUGGAGUGCGUGGAGUGGAAGGAGCGGCACAUCUACUUCACCGUGGUGAUGGAGGACAGCCACGAGAUCGACUUCCGCUGCGCCCAGGAGGACCCGGGCUGGAACGCCACGAUCACCAUGGGCCUCGUCCGCUUCAAGAACCAGCAGGCGAUCCAGAUCGUGCGGGCCCGGCACAGCUGCAGAGCAGUGGUGCAGUAUGACGCAGCCUCAGCGGGCCAGCCCGUGGACAUGAAGCAUCCGAAGGGCAGGACGGAGAAGGCCCUUGGCUCAGUGGGCAGCCGAGAGAACGGGAUCCCAGCAGGCAAAUGAGGCCAGUGCUCUGUCUGGUCUGGGCACACGGGUGGCAGCCCCUAGGGAGGCCAGUGCAAGCGCUGGCUUCCCAUGGCCUGUUGUGCCUCCUUCAGCGAGAAACUGUCACGCCGCCAGUCAGCCCACAGCUGCACACUGCCUGGGGCAGGAUGGAGAGGCACCUGAGGAGCCAAGCUGGCAUGGCUGCAGGGGUCAAGCUGCAUGCCCCUUGGCCUGUCAGCGUAAGAGUUGAAGGGGCAGAAGGACACAGCCAGGGCCAUCACUGGGGGGUCCGGAUAUGGCAGAGGUGACAUCUUUUCCCAGGGACCCACUGUCCUUCAGCCAACAUGGCCUGGACCUUGAUGGACUGUGAGGACUUCCUGGGUCCAGGCCUCUCCUGCAGGACAGGAUGGGGAUGGAUGAGGCUGAGAUCGAAGAAAGCAUCAUGAAAGUACGCUCUGUUUUUUUUUGUGAGGUGGCACUGGGAUGGAUUGAUGCAGCCAGAGACACAUUUCCCCCUGAGCCCUCACCUUGCAAAGGGGUUGGGAGGCUGCCCCAAGCUGCUGCGGAUGGGACCGCUCCACUCAUUUUGUCCGGAUGCCCUGGUAACGUGGGCUUUUGCAACCGUACUGCCAGACAUCCUCCUGCCUGGAGCCACCCUCACUGUUAGUGCCUCAGGCCAAUGGGUGAUGCUGGAGAAGACAAUGGGCAUCUCACCUUCCUGUACCCAAUGGU